AAAGCUUCAAUUUUUAAGCUAACACUGAUAGUGUGACGCAUAAAGAAAGAGAAAGAAAUGAGGGGAGUUGGUGGGCCCUUACUGUGCAUAAGCGAUCUGUUAAGUGACGUCAGAGAAGAAAACUCCGGUGCCAGCCAGGACCACGCGCCGCCGCGCGACGUCGCCGACGCUUCUAAUAUGCCGGCGUCCGAUCUCCCCAAGCUCUUCCAGGAAAACUUCGAAGAGUUGAAAGGGGCUCUUGAGGGUGCAGACCACUCUUGGACAGCUCUUACCCUCAAGCUUUGUUCGGCGCUUGAAACGGCGAAUAAAUUGGUCGACUCUGCAAAUUCUCAAGUUGCCUCGCUGUCUGAAAAGGUUGAGGAGGUCGAACAAAUCGUGCAGAGAAGAGAUUCUGCCAUAACAGCAGCUAAAACCAUCCAAGGUUUGCCUUAAACCAUAAUCUAAUGCUGGCAAAUACAGUUAAUGACCCGUUGAUCACUUAAACACUGCAUCACUCAUUUCAGUAUUUGUAUUGAUAAUUAGAUUCAUUACGAAUGAUGUUAUGUACUGUUCUUGUAGCUUAUUCGGGUAGCAAGAAUUUCUUAUGAACUGAUUCACAUCUAAUGUAAUAUUUCGAUUUGAUUUGAGGGUUACUUGGUAAGUGUUUGGAACUUGUCCUGAUUGUUGGAUCUUUUUUAUGUCAUCCUAUCAUAUGUUCUUAUAAUUGGUGAUAGUUAUUCUGUUUGUCUUGUGGCUCAUUUGGGCCCCAAUGAAGUUGGGCUUAUGUACUUAGAUCUAAGCCCAACCUAGAUGGAAUUAGCAGGGUUUGCUUGGGCCAUUGAGUGUGGUGUGAG